ACCGACAACAGGCUCGCCCUCCGGGAGGACACGGCUCAUCAGUCGCUGUCGUCGAUGACGUCUCACCUGUCUGUUACUGUUGCACCUGUACUCUACCGACUUGUAACGCAGCGGAGUAUGAGGAGUGUGCGUAAUGUUUAACGUCGUACACCAGGGUCGGAAGUACGUCCCCACGCGCUCCUCGGUUACGGAUGACUCUCCAUUAACCGUACGGACUGUUCAUAUAAACAAAUCCCCCGGUACACUGAGCGAGGCACCGGAGGCUACUUGGCCGCCGCCGGGUGCCAAGAUGCGGAUCUCCAAGGCCAACAAGGGCGCGGUGUUGGUGAGAGCUGUCCGGCGGUAUCCGUCUCCUCAACCGGCCAGUCUGGAGAGCCUGGAGGCGGCUUGGAGUGACAGAGGGCGCUCGGAGGUGAAGCCACGGGAGAGUACCCCGAGCCACGAGAGGAGAAACGGCGAGCCACAAGCCGCCGGGAACGGGAUGGAAGGAGGGCCACCGCGGAGCAGGAAGAAGGGCUUCAGGCCCCCCGAUGUGAGGACCAUCUUCUCCCCCGGAGAGAGGGACCCCAGGGUGAAAGAGGAGUCCGGGGAGGGACACACCUUCGAGCCCGGAGGCGAGAACACCUGGUGUGAUGUGUGCUGUCAAUACAUCUUCCAGUAUGGCCUCACCUGUGCAGGUUGUAAGUACGCGUGUCACGCUGCUUGCCGGGACCGAGUGACACUGGACUGUCAUCCUGCAGCUUCACCCGUCAGUCACGACCAGCUCAACAACAACACGCUGCCACAUGAUGUGGAGAAGGAGAGAGAGUUGCGGACAGAGUUCAGCAGGGAGGAGAUCAGGCAGAAGGUCGAGCAGUACAACAUGCUGACCAAAGACCACCUUAAAAUGACACUGAAUCAUACUGGUGUGUAUACUGGUUUCAUCAAGGUCCAGAUGGACUUGAGGAGGCCGGUGACGGUGCGGGGGGGUCAGAGAGGAGGAGGAGGAGCUUUGGUGGAGGAGGCCUUCUAUCUGCCCAGAGGAGUCACCAACACCCUCCACAUCAGCUCCAAUAACACAGUCAGACAGGUGAUCGUCGCCCUGCUGAGCAAGUUCACAGUCGCAGACAACCCGGCCAAAUACGCCCUGUACAAACGCUAUCGCAGGGAGGAGCAGGUGUAUGUGUGUAAGCUGGCGGAUGGCGAGCAGCCGCUGUUUCUUCGUCUGGUGGCGGGACCCGACACCGACACGCUCAGCUUUGUACUGAGAGAACAACAGACUGGAGAAGUCAUGUGGGAUGCAUUCUCCAUCCCCGAGCUGUGUAACUUCCUGCGGAUCCUCGACAAGGAGGAGGAUGAGCAGAAGGAGGCGGUGAUUCGCCGCUACGAGGCCUACCGCCAGAGACUGCAGGAGGCACUGAUGGAGGUCAGAGGGCCUUCUUAGAGGAUUAACCUCCAUAAAACAGGACUACUCCACCCUAGAGGGACGGAGGAGGUGAUUUUUUUUUUUGUUGCUUUUUGUUACCUCCUCCGAGGCGAAUAAUUGUGUAAAUUUUGAUGGAGAGAUAGGGAUGUGAACGCAGAAUAAGAAGAGAGGAUCCAGCGCCUGGAAGAAGGGAUGAUACAGACAGAAAGAGGGAUGAUAUUAAGAUGACAAGAGGACAGGAAAUAAACUGAGACACAGCAAGCGAAAGGACAAGUGAAUAAAGGGAUGAACGGACAAAAUUUGGAUGGACGUAGCUUUGAUUCAGCCUGGAUUAAAGACUUCAAACUGCUGCCUGCAGUCUGCCUGCUCACACCAAAGAUUCACUUAACUGUGCCAUAUUCAUUCAUCCUCUCGCCCUCUCUCCGUCCAUCCCUCUCUUCUUCUUCUCUCACUCUGUCCUGCUGUCAUAUAAUUUAUGUAGUUUAUCGGAUUCCUCUUCGUUUCCCCUUUUUAUCCUUUAAACUUGUGAAAGACUCAAGGCCAUAUGUUGAGUUAGUUUUAUUUAAUAUGUCUAUUUCAAAGGUCUGUACAUAUUUUUUUUCUUAAUUUAUAUGGGUGAAGCGGUUUAUCGUUUUAUUUAGUUUUUUUUUUUUUUAAACAAAAAAGUCUUAUUUUAGUUUAUUCUACAGAGGUGGAGCACCAGUCUGGUUGUUGACACAGACACGAAGAAUAGUUUAUCCAGACUGCUACUAGAGGUAAAUACACAGACAACAUGAGCAUCAGACACCACUGGAUGUGGAUCAGAAACCAUCUCUCAAGCUGCAGCUACAUAUGUACAUGACGGGAAUAUCAGAGAAUUAGAGAAUACCCAGGAAGUAAAGAAGUCUUCACCAUCGUUGUGUUUUGCUUGAAUUACCCUGAAAGUUGGAAAAUAUUUCUGAAGUGAGAAAGGAACAAGUAGCCUGGAUGCAUGUAUGGAGUCUUGAGUGUGCCAAAGGAAAAAUUGAAGACAUUUAAUUAUAGCUUAAACUGAUACAUUUAUUUUAAUUUUUCUAUUGUUUUUCUUUAUUUUUAUUGCUUUUAAUAGAACAUAAAAAAUGGCAAAAUAAACAAUAAAAUAACAGGACAGACUAGGUCACCAGGGGCAACAUGUAAAAAUUGAUACAUUUAAAAAAAACAAUUGAUUAAUUAAAUGUACACCAUUUACUUGGUGCAAGUAAAAAAGAUUUUUACAUUUAUCAAUUAAUAAGGAUGUUUCCUUUUUUUCUUUUAAAUGAAUAAUAGCUGAAAUUUUUAAAACUUUUUUUUUUUAAUAUUCCAUCUCAAAAAUCAUGUUUCCUGCUGUAACAUUUACAAUUUUAAUUUAAUGAGCAGACACAUUAGUAAAUGGGAAAAAAAAUACAAUUUAAACGACUUCUUCUGUUUUCAAUUUGUUAAUUGGCAAAUGCACUGGUCUUUUUUUUUUUGAAAAAGAAGAAUCUUUUCAUUAUACAUUUUUCCAGGAUGCAUAUAUAUAUAUACCAUCCUCCAUUACAUAUCUUUAAAGCAAAUAAGCAGCAAAAUGUGACAAAUCCUUUGAUUCCUAUUUCCAUCAUUUUCCUGCUUUUAUCUCCUUUUACAAAAACAAUAUAGAAAUUAAAUUUAAAAAUAAGUUUUAAAAAUAUCUUCAUAUUUACUUACGUUUUACUUUGUUUUUUAAUGCAUAAUUAUAUUGCGAUAUUUUAUUAAACAAUGAAUAAUUGCUAUUUUAUAUCUUCUAUUAUUAUUAUUAUUAUUGGCACAUUUCAGACUCCACAGAGGGGAUUGGCCUGAAACUGAAUGUUGUAGACGAAGGUACAGCGAUAUAAAAAGAGGUGAAUUUCAGGUUUUUCAGGACACAAAUGACUGUGGGUACUGACACAUAAUCAAAGAAGAAAGGUUUGUACUGAAAGAUUAAAAUAAUAGAGUCAAAUAGAAGUUUGUGAGCACAGAAAUAAAUUCAGUUUUGGGUGUAAAGAUUGUUUGUUAUGGCGAUUUGAAGACGAGUGAGGAUGAUGAUGACGAACUGGUUGGAUUUGAAGCCUUUGUUUGCAUUUCCACUCCACCAGCUGAGUUUGACGAAACAUGACAAACUGACGUAGUUUGGAUAGACCCCUGAUCUUUGACCCUGUAUGUUCAGAGCAGGGAGGAGAGAGAUUUGACUGGUUUCUGGAAGUUGACUGAGCAGUUUAGAGGAAGUAGAAGAGAAACAUUAGAUGGAGGAAGGAAGAAAGAAACAGAAGAUAUGUUUUGUUUUUGAAAUGGCCAGAGGAGCAGUGCAUGGGAAAGAUUGUCAUAAAAGCAGUGUGACCAUAACCUUGAGGACAAUAACGGGAUUUUCCUCAAACCACAAGUCACCAUGAUUAACUGCUUGUUCACUUUUUGCUUUCAUGAAAGCUCCUGUAAUCCACAGCUGAGAGAAAAGGAGGUCUGUAAGUGCUGAUAGCUGCAGAGAACGGCGGAGGGAAAAUGGCUGCAUUGUGCCGCUCUCCUGUCUGUCUGUUGGCAGGCAUUCAUUUAAAACGCCUGUGUUUUUGUGCUCUUAUCUCAAGUUGAAAAGCGCAGCUUUGACCUCCUUGUCAACACGGGUGUCGGCUUUUUUUCUGGUGGAUAAAAGGAAAUAAUAUUAAAGAGGGAAACAAGGAAAGAAAGAAAGGAUGGUAGUACAGACAAGGGGAUAAAAUAAAGGAUGGAAAGACAGAACAUUAACUAAAGAUAUGCAUUAGAAAGUGCAAAAGAAGGUAAAAAAGUUUUGUGCAGUUAGGGUUCAUGAAAGGUUCGUUAGGCCUUUUGAUGGUGUUGCAAGUAAAUAGCUGCCUUAAAUAUAUAUGCAAUGUCUUCUUCUUUAAGUAUAUGUAAUUUAUCAUUUAUGGCUUAGAGACCAAAGAGGCUCGUUUUUAAUGUCGUUUUGUGGAAAAAUCCUUGUUUUUUGCUUUUUGAAUCAUUUAGUCAGAUAUUUGAGGAAACAACAGACAAACAAGUAGAGAUAAAUCACAAAGACAAACAAAAUUAUAAAUCAGACUAUUAAAAUUUAUUGUAAGUCAUUAAAAAAUAUGUAAAAUGCUUAAUUGUUUGAGCUGCAGGUGCUGAAUGAAGUCAAACUGAUGUUGCUGCAGUGCUUUUCUGUAGAAAACUGUUGUAUAAUACCGCCAUCCAGUGGACAAAUACUGCAGCUAUACUCUCAUUUCUGUGUCAAACAAUUUUAUAGAUUUUUUUUUUUGUUAUAACCAAAGAUAUUUUUGUGGUGUUGCCUGGAGCAAAAUAUAUUAGAGGCCUGUUCCGACAGGAGAGAAAAACAUAUAUAGUUUAGAGUUUUAUUUAAAGGGUUUUUAAUCCUAGUUUAUUCUACUAUUAAACACUGGGUUGAAACUAUGGAAGCAAAAAAAACAAAACAAAACAAAACCCAUAAGAAUUUGAAUCUUACAAGUGACUGAAUACCUAAUUGUGACAUUUAAUGGGUUAACUCGUCAUGAGGAGAAAUAAUAAGAAAUAAAAAAAUAACCCUGAUGAUGUCAUAAUGAUGUAAUCAGGGUUAUCUCAACUUGCCUUGAUGCUUAAAUUUUUUUAACAAAAAAGCCUCCAUGUGGAGUUUGACAGAAGUGGGCAUUUAGGAGGCAGGGAGGGUCUAAUGGGAGACAUCACUGAGUUGCAUUAUGGGAAAUGUAGCCAGCAUGUUUGGAGCUUGACCUGUACUAUUUUUUUAUCAUUAUUUUUUUAAUAUGUCUGUCACAAGAACCCAAACUUUAUAGAAGUGCAAUAACAGAUAAUUGGAGUACCCCUGAAUACUAAAUGUUGAAACUUAAAUACCACUGAAUUUAGAGCAAAUUUAAUUGGUCAUUGUUGGAUUUAAAAAUUAAAGUCAAGUCAUAAAAUCAAGUUGCUCAAACUGGUAAAAUUCAAUUCUGGGCUGCCAAGAAUUAGCAAAACUUGAAAUUAACUGAUGGAUAUUUCAAAGUUGGGAAUUCAAACCACAUAAAUUAGGCAUUCAGUCGCUUAUGAAGCUCAAACCAUUUUGGCCUUUUUUUUUUUUUUUUUUUUUUUUUUUUUUUUUUUUUGCUUCCGUAUAUUAUUUAAAAUGAUGCGAAAGUCUGCAUGAAAACAGUUAAUGAAUCUUAAAGCCAUGUUUUUGUUUGUUUGUGUAUCUGAGAAACAACUUUAGCUGUUAAAACACAUCAUUCCAGACUAGUCGUAUCAAUUUUUAAUUUUUUUUUGGGCACUUUAACUUUGAAUUCAGGGAAGACGGGUUUUUGAUUUUUCCUUUUCCUCCUGUUUAAUCUGCAAACUACCGCCAUCACACUCUGUACUUUAUCUUAACAUCUAAUACGCAAUACUCUUAUUUUGAAAGAUCUUGUUAAGCUCCACUCAUAAUUACAUGUUUUUCUUUUUUCAACAAAUGGAUGUACAGUGUGGCAGAUUUAGAAUCUUUUAUUUUGAAUCUCUUUAGACUGUGAAACUUUUGGUUGAAUCUCGACUCUCGCAUGUGUUCCUGUUUGUCUCUUUGUAUACAUACAUGCUUACUGCACACACUACUGGGCUGUUCAACAUUAAAGCAUGCAUUAUUGUAGAUGAAACAGCGGGUCAGACGGCAUUUGGAAAAUAAUUUUUGGAGUGAAAAUGCUGACAAGAUGGGUAAAAACAAAUACUACUUUUCAAAUGCUAUCAGAUUUGCUAGUAAUAUAAAUUAGGCUUGUUGAUAAAUGUAUCUAUCAUGAAAAGCAUUUGGGCCAGUAGUGUUAAUGAAUGAAGAGCUGAUAUAUGAUACCUGAUAUGUAUUCAGAGAUCUUGUUUUAAGGCUGUGUGCAAACUUUAAGGUUCAUUCUUGAGCUUAGAAGUAGCCGUUUGACAAAAAUGGCAAAAUAUUCAGAUUGAACAGCCAGAAACUGUAAUGUUAAAUGCCAAAGAUGUGUGUGUGUGUAGCUGUUCUGCCAUUUACUGACAUUAUUUUUUUUCCCCAAUUAUGCUGUUUUUGUUGUACGCAGGGACAGACUAUAGAGAACAGAUGCUCCGCGAUUCUUCAGGUUUAUCUCACAUGAUGAGUUCCUCACAAGUUCACUCUGUUGCUCGACACUUGAUUGAGGGAAGGGGUUUAAUUUCAGACCAGAGCUGCAAAAUCCAAAAUGAGUGUCGUCUUUUAGAAUCGAAGAAAGGAUGAUAAGAAGUUCAGAGAUUAUUUAUAAUGAUAAAUCCUCUUAUUUCAAUUCACUAAUCUGUCUACUCGAGAUUAAAGUCAAUAGAAGCCGUAUUUUAGUGAAAGAUUUAGCUGAAUUUCGGCCUUUGGGCUCGGGUCUGAAAGCUCGGACCUCAGCAGUGCCUUUCUAAAGUUUGACAGCAGCAGAACGAGGAGCUGCAGACAGAAAAACAAACCUGCAGGACAGACGGAGGGUUUCAUCAGACCUCUGUAGGCGAACAGUUAACUGAGGCAGGUUAUUGUUUUUGUCGGUGUCGUGUGGUUUCUCUCUGAAUCGUUACCAAAUGUGGCCUUUCCUCUCACAAGGCGGGCUGCAUCUAUUAAAGGUGAAAUUAAAACAAAAAAA